AUCGGUCAAUAGCAAUUCGCCAUGAUUUUACAAUAUCUAAUACCGUAACUAACCGCCUUUAAAUCGAUGUAAAUGUUAUUGGAAAAUGACAACCAUUAUUGCUGGUCCUUGAAGUGUGUCAUUGAUUUCCGAGGAAGAGUACUUCUAACAAAAACGGACGGACAAGUGAAACACCGGGACAAGCUCGCGGAAUACCUGGAAUAUCGAUCCCGACCGAUGUCAUCAGUCAGCAAUCAGGACGAGUGACGGAUAAAAUCGGCAGUUACAGGAGGUGCUAGUUCUAUUAAAAUUCGGAUGUCAAGGGACAAACUAAUAAGAACGUGGGAUUAAAUUAACGGUGGAGAGAGAGAGGUCCGACAGAUGAGGGCUAAUUGUUUUCUGAUUCCCGGAAGUGGACUCCGGCAUGAUUGUCCGGAGGGUGAAGAACGUGGACCAUGAUGAUACUGGCGGGGUGGCUGGUCUACAUAUGUCUCCACUGGCUGGGGGGAGGGGCCACAGGACUGAGGAUCCUACUUAUUUGUGAUCAAACGUUCCACGAGGUGUGCAGACAGAAACAAAAUGACGCCAAGGAUGACGUAAUAGUGACGUUUUUCCCUGUCAGUGAUAUUCAUUCUUAUGUUACCCACGUUCGGAAUAUUGACGCCUUAUUACGUAAUGGCACGAGUACUGACGUCCUGUUGGUGUUUGGACACAGUGAGCUGGUCAGCGCCGUUGGUACAGUGGCACAAGAUUUCCAAAGACCCGUCAUCGCCUAUACCAAAGACUCAGCCCCUGUGAUAUAUCAAAAUGACAUGCUGUCAAUCAAUUCCAAUCCGUUCCACUUGGGCCAGGCUAUGUCGUACCUGAUUAACACCUUGUGGCUGGAAAAACACACGCACCUGUUGACGGACGCUAGCCUGCUGACCGAUGGCUUCAUUGAGGGGUUCUGGGAGGGACAGCAGUUCAAUCUGUCCCACACCACAGUUCUACAUCAAGAUGAGGACUUCGACGAAAUCUCACUCUUCUUCCACCUUAGAGAUUUACGAGAAAAUGGCGUCAAGCAGUUCGUAGUUCAUGCCCAACCUAAUCAAGUUAAUCUACUGAUGCGCGCCAACCGACGGUUUGAAGCCACCGCUGGACGAGGGGGGUACCGGUGGUUCUUGUCCGACACCGCAAUGUCGGGUAAAAUUGACGACGAGCUGAUUCCAGUAGGCGCUCUUGUCGUCAAAGCUGUCAGAGACGAGAGGGCGCUAGUAGAGCACACGAUAACGAGGCUCUACGAAGAAAUAGAGGACCUAAAGGACAGCACGCUGUCUGACAAUACGUCCGACUGCUUCAGGAGUGUCCUCCUGAAGAAAUCGACAAAGAACCUGCCUCUGUGCUGCGGCAUCGCCCAGUUCCGGAUAGACAACCACUUCUGGAGAGUGCUCAAUGAAAGUUACGGGGAGCUAGAGUGGAUGUCGGCCGGCAAGAUCUUCUACAACCACAGCAAACACAGCGUUCAGUGGUACGGGAGUACUAUAUUUGGCCCUACCUCCCAAAGCAAACAUUUCCAUCGUGUGGUAACCACCCCUGCGCCGCCAUUUGUGUUGGUCAAAGGUCCCAUAGACACAGGCGACUCCUGUUAUGGAAACAAAAUGUGUUACAAGGUUCUCCGAGGGAAUCCUAUCUAUCUCGGUCCGAACACCCGUGUGGAGGAUCUGCAGGAAGUGGAGGCGGAGCGGUACUGCUGCAGCGGGUUCGUCAUGGACAUUCUGGAGUACCUAGCCACGGACUUGGCCUUCGACUAUUUGGUGUACUUUAGGGACGAGAACAGCCACAACGCCACUAAUCUGUACGAGUCAUUGCUGCACGACGUACGGAAUGGAUCGGCCGAAAUCAUAGCAGGUGCGUUGACCGUGACGUCAAAUCGAAGCAAGCAACUACGUUUCACAGAGCCGUACUACUUUUCUGGGUUUGCAAUGAUCGUGCCGCCGCAAGAGGCAUCCAAACCAUCAAUGGACGCGUUUACUGCGCCGUUUGAUAGUUACGUCUGGAUGGCAAUAUUUCUAAGCGCAACAACAGCUGCGCUGGCUACCUCCUUGUUUGAAUGGAACAGUCCAUUCGGAUUGAAUCCAUGGGGUAGAAAGCGACUGAAGAACUACACCCUAGGCUCGGCUUUAGUAAUGGUUUACUCCGUUCUGUUUGGCCAUACAGUCAGCACAAAGUCUCCAAAGUCCUGGCCUGCGAAAGUCCUUCAAAACUUCUGGGCGGGGCUCGCCAUUUUCAUCGUGGCUAGCUAUACCGCUAACCUGGCAGCCUAUUUGGCGGGAAUCAAUAGAGUUGAUGAUAUGAUCAGCAUCUUUCAUAACACCAUGAACUCUAAACGAGUGCAUGUUCUGAGAUCGAGUCCCGCGGCCGACUACCUCAGGGUCAUUAACGAGAGGAAUCGCAAAAACAUCAUGAUCAGCGAGGUCCCCCCGGACGUGACGCAGCUCAACAUCAUCAAUAACCUCAAAAAUAAAUCAUACGAGUACUAUGUUAACGACCGUCUGCUUUUGGAGUAUGCGCUUGCGCAGCACGACAAUUGUUCAAUCAAAUUUAGCGGCAAUGACUUUGGAGAAAACCUCUAUGCAUUUGGACUGAACAGGGAUGCAGUUGAUUUGACGGAGAACAUGUCUUCGUUGAUUCUAAGUUACCUGGAGGGUGGACAGGUCACGGAAGCGUUACAACGCUAUGUCAAGAACCGGAACUGCGUCGGUCGGUCGGAACGGUUUACCCGGAAGUACGGACUAGAUCACACGGGCGGACUGUUCAUCAUCCUUCUGUCGGCCAUGUUUGUGGGGGCGUUUCUCCUGGUAAUAGAACUGUGUGUGUUUAGAUACCUGGUGCCGUACCUGAGGAAAAAACCCAACGACAGUUUGUGGAAGAACAGAAAUAUAGAAUAUGUGAACCAGAGACUGUACCGGACCGUGAUGAGUGAACAGUUGGUGUCUCCACAGCAAACAGCGCAGGAGAUGAUCAGGAUCGUCAAAGAGAGACAAUUCGAACGCCUCUUUCUGAAGAACGAACUGAGCAAACACGGGAGAAUCCAAAAGAAAGGGGUUCCGAAAGGUCUUCGUUUAAUUGACAUUACAGACAAUUUAAUCAGAUCAAAGAAAGAGGAAUCACAAAUAUUUGCAACGUCAUCCUCUGGUAAGAUUUUUACUAUUCAAAAACAGUCUUAUGACAACGAUGAUGAUGGCGAAGAUUCCAUGAGUGAUGUUAGUGAUUACGUCACAGGAGACGAACAGGAUAUUCAAAUUUCAUUUGAAGACAUUGAAAACCCAACAGUUUUGUCAGAUAUAUCGGAAGUACCAAUCAACAACCAAAGAAAGGCUCCGAAAAAUAGUCCACAUGUAACACGGUCAAUGUCGGAAAAGGUCAUAGGUCAAUUUAUACGUCAUAACCCACGUGCACGUUAUUGUUCUGACUCAGUAUACAGUGGCGUCUCAUUUAAAUCAUCAAAGAAACGAAACAAGUCUUGCCCAAGUUUUCAGAAACGCUCAACAAAAGAGAAAGAGAACAAACGGAGAGUAUUUGAAGAGGGUGAAAUUGAAAUGGUGGACAUGAGUCACAUGGCCGAACGGCCAGAGAAAACCCAACUGAUUCACAAAUCAAAGCGAGGAGCAAACUUCGGUCGGGCGUUCACAUUUUACGGAAGGUCAAUGAAGGACAACCGUCUAAAGUCGUCCAUUAGGAAGCACGCCAUGGCGACGCGCCGACACUCCGAGUCCGUGUUUGACGACUGCGCAGUGGACGCUCUCUCCAAGGAGGACCUGAUGGUCUUGUGGAAGAAAUCGGAAAUCGAGCUACAGACCAGUCUUAACCGAGUGACCCAAGAAAACGCUCACUUAAAGCGACUUCUGCGUGUUGUGGAAGUGUCAGAGAAAUCACCGCAAGAAGAGGCCCCAGACAGGGAGACGGCUCAGCUGACCGCCACCCCUCUGUAGAAGGUGUCAUCUACAUCCCGGCAGUGUCAAGGACCUGUCGCCGCUCUAUAACGGCGUCAUCUCCAGACACCGGGCCACUCUACAUGUGACAAUGUAUGUACUUAGGUCCUCCCGGUCAACAGCAGCUACAGACAGCCAUCUUUAUUAUAGUGUACAACAUUUAGAUAUCAUCGUAGAAUAGUCGGCUGCUGCCAGUCCUAACAUGCACAAUCUGUAAAGGAAGCACUUCCAUUUAGAAUAAUGAUAUAGACGACUUAAUGAUGGCAUUAUAUGACUUCCUCUACUUCUGUAAAAGACACAACAAAGUAGACUGUGUUAUACAGUAAUUUACGGCUGACAGUACAUGUACUUGUUUUAUGCAAUCUUGUUCCUUUGUUGAAACCUCGUGGAUACCUGUACAUCAAAACUUUUAAAGGUUCAACUGUCGUUAUAACAUUUUGAUACAAUUUAUUUUCUUUAUUAAAAAAAACGUGUAUUAGAUCUUUUGUAAAUAAUGAGUCAUCUUGUUAUACAUGGCAUUGUGAUAGCAUGAUGUGUGGUGUAUAUGAGUUUUCUGUAUGAAUGAAAUUUCAUAAAAACAAUCAAACACAA